UGACCACGCUGUCAACAAUAAAUUUGAAUGAAUUUGUUCAACAAGAAUCUUAAAUUCUCUGAUUUUUCUUACCUGCUUCGGAGAAUUUAAUAAAGAAAAUUGAAAUAAACUAAAAUUUAGAUAAUUUGAAUCUUAAUCAAUUAUCAUGAACAAUAAAAGUAAAAAAAAAAGAGAAUAUUAUCAUAAAAAUAAAAGCGCAAAUAAAAAAGAAGUUAAGCUUCCUGUGAAAAAUUUAUCACCACAAAAUGUUCCUAACCAGAUUUCUAGCGAUUCAGAAGAUGAAGCUCCUGACUUUAAUUACCUUCUUAAACUUCCUCCAUCAACUGGCUCACAUUUCCUGUUAAAAUCGGAGCAAGAAAAAUUCACUCAGGAAUUAACGUCGACAGAGUUCUCAAAGUAUUUCAAUUUAGACACAAAAAUUCUAAAUCUUUGCUUGAUGUCAAUUCCGUUUUAUGAAAGACAUGACAACGUGAAGAUCGAGUGGACUUCAGAAGAGAAAAACAGAAUGAAAAAUGAAGCAAAAGUUAAUGAAGAACUAUAUCGAGAUGCAAUGGAAAGUAAUAUUUUUGAUACUGUUAACAAUCAGAAAACUGAUAUUGAAAUCAAAUUAGAAAAUCUCGAAUUAUCAAAAAAGCCUCCGAAGAAUUCAUCAGAAAAUGAAAAUGCGACAAGUUCAACAAAAGCCGAUGAAAAGGAUCAAAAUUCAAUUCAAAAGUGGCUUGAUGACAUUCUAGACAUUUGA